AUGACGGCUGGGCUCGAGCUGUGCUCAGGUUUUCUGUCAUAUUCUAUUCUAAUAAUUUGUAAUGAUUUGGGUAUUACUUUUGAAGAGCCUUUUGGUGACAUAUAUGGUGAAGGUGUCUGGAGGGGAUUCAGUAAAACAGUUACUUCUAACACACAUCGCAUCGUUGUUGCAUUUGCUUCAUUGGAUGGAGAAACAAAGUUUUUUGCAUGCACCGGUUUUUUUAUUAGAUGGAAUCAAUCUACAACUAUUCUGACAUCAGCAAGCUUGGUUAGAAGUUCUGGUCAUGAAAACAAGAUUGUUGAAAACUUGCGGAUUGAAGUGUUUCUUCCAAACAAACAGCGUAGAUCAGGGACAUUACCGCAUUAUAAUCUACAUUACAAUGUUGCUCUAGUCAGUGUCGAGGAUUACCGUGCUCCUCGUCCAGCAAGUAUCCAUCAUCAGUACUUCAAGUGUUCUAAGGUAGCAGCUGUAGGCCGUUGCUUUGGAUCAGGCACAUUAAUGGCUGCCAGUGGGCGGCUGGUUGACUGGACGGGCACACAUGAUUGCAAGUUCCUUGUACAUUCCUCAUGUAAAAUCACUAAGGCUGGGAUUGGAGGAUCCCUUGUUGAUUUUGAUGGCAAUGUUCUUGGCAUGAAUUUCUAUGAUAAGAAAAUUGGGACCCCUUUUCUGUUAUGGAAUGAGAUUAGUAACAUUUUGGCAUAUCUUUUGGAAAAGGAAACAGGCCUGCAGUGUAUAAAAGCUCCUGCUACCUCCUCGUCGAGAAGCUUAAGCCAGUUCAGGAACUGA